AUGGGUUCCCACUGUGCCAAGCUCGGCACGGGCCAUGGCACGGGCCACAGCACGGGCCACGGCACAGGCCACAGCAUGGGCCACGGCCGGGGCCAUGAAUCCUCUAUGAAGAAGCUUGUGGCCUGUGUGAGUCAGGACAACUUCUCCCUGUCAUCAGAGGGUGAGGAGGAGGAGGAGGAGGAGGAGGAGGAUGAAGAGGAGGAGGAGCUCCAGGUGCAGGGCAAGCUGCUGCUGAAGGAACCUGAGCUGCAGGAGGACAGCACUAGAGACAAUCCUGUGGCCCAGCAGAGCCCCGAGAGCAAGCAGACACACUCCUGA